CUCGUGCCCCGUCACGCGAUCAUAGACACGAGACUCUGUCAUAGAUAAAGCGCGGCAGCAUAAUGCUAGUGGGGACACUUUUCGUCUGUCUAUUUCUACUCAGGUCGGCCAAAGCGAAUUUGGAUACUAGACUUAGCAUUAUCAGGGACAAACAGGGUCACAAGCAUGCGCGUCUCGCUUUUUCAACUGCGAACGGGCACCUGCGCUGCGCUGCGUGGUUGGGCAGCGCAGCUCACGAGGAAUCUUGGAGUUCCUGGUCAAAUCUCAAUUCGCCGACUCCGCUCGUCUCCAACCCCGCAACAGUCCAUGACGAGCACAACCUUACGCAUGUCUUCGCCCAAGGAAACGACGGACAAGUCUACACCUUGACGCAGGAACCCGGGAAGACAGGCUGUGUCAGCUUUUCGAAGCAAUUGACUCACAAAAUUGAUGGGAACAAGAAAUUACCAUUUGAUGCAAAAGCUUUCAAAGGUAUAAUUGGAAGAGACUCCAUCACUUCCAUCCGGACGCAAAGGGAUAACGACAUCUACGUCUUCAGCAGAUCGUACAAUAAGCCGUCUGGACUAUUUUUUACAGUGUUUAAUGGCAAGGUAUUUACUCCUUGGAAAUCUCUUGGAGGGGACCUCAUCUCAGAUGUUAGUGUCGUUGACAAUGUCUACACCCACUACCUCGAAGCUUAUGGUAUUUUCGCAGACGGUAAAAUCCAUCGGAUUUGGCAAUGGAAGGAUAAGAGCUGGUCUUCGUGGAGAAGUAUGAGCUAUGGACAACCUGCCUUGGUUACGACCACUCGUCCAGUCGCCGAGGCCAUGAGCUCAAACACCUUCAACGGAGGCAUCGAUGUCUUUGCCCUGGGGAAGGACGGUAUGAUUCACCACUGCUACCAGACGACCUGUGACAUGGUCAACAAUUUUUGGGGACUAUGCACGUGGUCAUGGUGGUAUAAGCUGAAGGAGAAGACACCACGGCUUCUUUCAGAGAUCAAUGGCAUCAGUGUGGGUCGAAACAUCCAUGGUGGGAAUGAGAUAUUUAUGCUUGGAAAGGACCACAGGGUAUGGCACAUGUGGCAAAUGGAAAGGGGAGCGAGCUAUGAGCACUGGGAGACAAUUGGACAACCUGUUUCAAAUGUUGCCUCUCUUCCUCUCGUUGAUGAAGACCUUUGGUGGGGUGUGCACUUUGAAGACAACCAAAACAAUAAGAUUAUAGCAGUCAAGCAGAGCCGCUCCAUGGUUGUCUAUCCUCCAAGCGUGGCGUUUGGAGGAAUCCUUGUGACCUCCUGGGAUGUCCCUCGCGAUGAGAGCGUCGGGAAAGACUGGAUCGGAAUCUUCAGAGCUGGAGCUGGCAAUGAUGAAUACCUUGACUACAGGUAUGUGAACGGAGCGCUGAAUCCUGGAGGUCGCCCUGUCCCCGAGGGUAAGGCUGGGCUCAAGCUAUUUCUGCCGAAAGGGAAGUAUGAGGUCCGAUACCUUGUAGGAAGCCACGUCAGUGUGUUGCAGAGAGGUAUUGUGAGCAAUUCCUCAGCGCAGUCCUCCAGAUGGACUCAGGUCUUCCAGGGUUUCAACAGAGGUCUUGGUCAAGAUUCCAUAACAGGACCAGACUGUGUGGAUGACGGAGAAAUGAUGGUGGCCAAGUUCGAGUUGGCAUUCACUGCUUUUAUCAAAAAGGAUUUCCACCUUGGCCUACACCUCCUUGGCAAAGCCAUCCACGAAAUGUACACCGCUCUGAUAACCUGUGGAGAGGUCAAGCUGGCUUAUAAAAUUUUAGCAUUUGCCAAGGAUCUGGUUGAAUGCACGAUGGACCUCUGUAUUGCAUUAAUCCUCAAUUUGACAAAGGACGUUUUCAUCCUUUACAAGGCAAGGUAUGAAAUAUACUGGGACAUCCGGGCUGCCAUCAAUGCAUUUGAAGUUGGUGCAUACGAGCAGGGUGCCAUUAGUAUUGGACACGUCAUCCGAGAUGCACUGGGACUGCCCAACACCAGUAUCAUCAAGGAUGAGAUCAUCAAUAGCCUUUUAGUGAAGAGCUUGGAAGAGAUAAUCACCACCUGAACAUAUUUGAGCUGAA